UUCACCUUCGGAGUCAAUUUGCUUUUCACGUUGGAAACGAUCAUCCGGUUCCUCGUCGCUCCAGUGAAGAAGAAGUUCGUCCAUCAGAUGUACUGUCAUACACAUUUUGUUAUUGUGCAUGUGUGCUACACAAAAUAGGUUCAUUAUUUCAUAACAGAUAGUAUGCGUAUGAGCAAAUCUAUCACAUGAAUCAACACUGGUACGCAAGGCUAAACAGAUUGAGUUGAAAUUUGCUUAUUGGAUCAGUGAAUUGAAAUUUCUUUUGAUUGUACCAAGUCGAAUAGUUGAAAGGAGUUCACCAGGAAAUGAAUUGAUUAGAUAAGAGAUAAAAUCAAAAAUUUUGGUUUCAAUAGUUGACUUUAAUUUUGGAAACAAAUCAGUUUCUUUAGAAAUUUGGAGUAAAUGUUUUGUUUUCAUGAAUUACUUAGAGCUAGAGAAACGGAUUCAGAUGCAUACUCUUGACCAAAAAUUUUGGUCUGCACAUAAUUUUUAUUCGUUUCUAUAGAUGUACGCUGUGUUAUGAUCAUGUAAAAUCCUGCUAAUUAGUGCGUAUGUCCCCUGGUAAAUCUCAUAAAUUUCAGUUUGGGCUGCCAGGAAAUGAAUUGGAAUAAAACGAGAUAAAAUCAAAAAUUCUUAGAUUUGGAUUUGAAAAUCAAAAUUCAGAUAUGGCAUUUUGUAUUAUUUAAAAUUAUACGUGUUUGAUGCCCAAACAUUGAAAAUCAAUUUAGAUAUUAGAAUCCAUUUUGAAAAGAUUUGCUCGUUGUGUGUCUUCAUAAUUUUCGUACUCACCACGUAAACUCACCACCACAGUUCAAACAUCUUCGAUAUGCUGGCUGUGCUUCCCUUCUGGAUCAAUAAUACCCUACAACUGGAUCGUGCCUUGUCCGGUCUCCGCUAUUUCUCUGUUUUCGGUUCGGUUUUUUGGCUUGUGAAGCUGUGUAGGUAUUUUCCAGGCUGGUAUCUGCUGCGGAUGGCGUUGCGGAACAGUAUGAGCGCCUUGUUGAUUCCAGUUUUCUUCUUGCUGCUAAUGGGAGUCGCUGGCGCGAGCCUUAUCAUGGCUUUCGACUGGGUGUCGGCUGUAAACGGCUACUCCCCGCUCGCAAUAUCAAGCUGGAUGGACGCAUUUCACUACAUUAUGGUAUUACACUUAUAUUUUUGAUUGCUCAAUAGUAUUCGCGUCGUGGCGAUCUGGCUUGAGCAACACGCCCCUGAGUCCAGAAUUAUGAAUGAGUUUCAAUCCAUUGACUUCGACGUGACGACGCCCAUGUCAAUUUGGAAACUGCUUCAAGUUAUACGGCUUCUCACUCUUUUCCCAGGUCGUUUCGAUUUCGAUCGAUGUUUCCCCAGUGUAUGGUACAGCAGCACAGUCGGCGCCAGCACAGGCAAUCGCGGUUCUGUGGAUGUAUUUGGGUGUGAUUUUCAUGUCGAUGCCUAUUGCGAUUGUAGGUACGUGCUUUUCCCAGACUUGGUUCGACCAAGAUCGCAUAGUCCUAGUGGAAAAGGUGCGAAGUCGGAUGCGACAGCAGGGCUACACAACGGACGACUUGCGGGAGGUGCAAAGUGAAUACAAGUAGUUUUGUUUCUAUCUACCCAGACUGAGAUCGUGCAUGACAAUUCGAAGUCGUUGCUUCAUGUCGGAGGUCUUUUUUGCGAACUUCAAUUGUCGUGUCUUCAAAUAUGAUGCAAAUGCUCUAGACUCAAGCUCAACACGAAAAUGCUAGGUUUUUGAUGAAGUGGAUGAGGACGGUUCGGGGGAGAUCGACUUCUACGAAUUCAAGCGCAUGCUGGAGGCGUUUCAUUUUUUUGCACCGAUAGGCAAGACGCGAAAGCUUUUCAACCACUUCGAUACGAACGGCACUGGCAGUAUCUCCUACCAAGAAUUUGUGUGCGUGAUUUUCCCAGAGAUCACAGAUAUCGUCGACUGGGAGUACGAUCGUGGAGACAGAGACUCGCUUGGAGUGAUAGAGGAGGUCGACUCGGACGAAGAAGCGGGAAGUAGUGCCUCUUCUGACGCAUCAGGGUCGAACGACGAU